GUUGCCAAGCAGUUGAACCCAAGAGAUGUGCAAGGCGCCCUGCGGCGCUUCAACGCUGCGCACGCAGGAAAGUUGUUCGAGGAGCACGCCGAAGGCGGCCGAAGCGCGCGCAGUGCGCGCGCGCAGGUUCAGGGCAUCAUCAACCUGAUCGCUUUUGUGAACAAGCGUCGCCGCAAUUGGGUGGACGGAUCCAGGGCCAGAGCUGGGAUUGGCCGUCUGGUUCGAGCUUCUGCUGAAGCAAUCGAGCAGCCAGCAGCUGUUCGCCGCAGGCACGACUCGAUGGUGAGAGCCUUAAGCUUGAUCGAGUAUGAGGACCUUCAAGUAUCAGUGGCCGCGCAGGAUGCCCCGAUCGAAGUGUUGUCAAGCCAAGAGGCGGUGGAUCCCCAGGGUCUGCUCAAGCCCUUCACAGACUGGAGCAAAGGAGCUCUGGCGAGGCAGCACGCAGAUGGCCGCAUCGAGUAUGACGGCGAGGAGUACGAGUCCGAGAUCCCGGCGCUGGUGGCGAAGCGGCCGGCCAUGAAGCGACCCGCAGCCGCGGCAAACGCUGAGAUCGACUCCGAGCCUGCGACCGAGAUCCUGCCGAAGAGCGAGGACAAAAAGCGCAGACUCGGCACCCGGAGGCGCGUGGCUUCACAGUAG